AUGGCGCCGCAGCCAGACCUCCAGCAAACUGCUGCAGCAGCAGCAGCAGCAGCAACAGCAGCUCUAUCGGCUCCUGCAAGGAGCAGCAGCAGCAACAGCAGCAGCAACAGAGACACAACUAGCAGCAGCAACAACAGCAGCAUCAGCAGCAACUGUUUGAAAGGAGACAGUAUAUUAACACCAGAUAAAUCUGUCUCUGUCUCUGUCUCCUCACCCACAGAUUUGGGGGGUAUUGGCUUUGCUGCGGAUGGCAUUGAGGGUGCAGCAGUUCCUUCUGCAUGCGAGUCUGCUGCAGCAGCAACAGCAGCAACAGCAGCAGCAGCAGCAGCAGCUGCUGCUGCUGCUGCUGCACCUGCUGCAGCAAGUGUAGGAGACAGUCUCUGUUUAAGCCCCUUUUUAGAUCGUUAUGCUUUGCCUGGAGGAGACAGCGCAUGCAAAGAAGAAAGCCCCAAACCUUCUCCCUCUUGCUGCAUGCAUGCACAGGGGUCCUUAGAUGUUAAAGCAGAAGACGAUGGUCUCUUGCCCCCUGCUGCUGCUGCUGCUACCUCUGCUGCUGCUGCUGCUGCUGCUGCUGCUGCUGGUGGUGGUUCUAGGGGUCUACCUGAGGCCCUACCUAUUGGAGCAGCAGCAAACAAGGGGCCCCCGGGGGGCCCCCAAAGAGACAGUGCCCUAGCUCUUGCUGCAUUGAACUCUCCUACUGCAGCACAUGCUGCUAGCUCAACAGCAGCAACAACACCGCUAGCAGCAGAAGCAGCAGACUUGCUGCCUGCUGCACACAGUCCUUCAUCAGCACCUCCUGGGGGAGGAACCGAAACAGAACCACCUCCUGUUGCUGCACCUUCUGCUGCUGCUGCUGCUGCUGCUGCUACUCCUCCUCCUCCUGCAGCAGCUGCAGCAGCAGCAGCAGCAGCAGCAGCAGCUCCGACGGGUGCAGCAGCAGAGAACAGCGCGUUGGCGUCUACACAGGCCGUGUUAAUAGAGUUGAUUCAGAGUCUAGGAUCUGGCUGCAACAGCAGCAGCAACAGCAGCAGCAACAGCAGCAACAGCAGCAGCAGCAGUUCUGCUGCUGCAGCAGCAUCAAUAGCUAAACAUAUAGAUAGAAUAAGCAGGGCCUCUUCUUUCUCCGAUAUAGAAAGCUAUAUCUCCGCCUUACACAGUUUGCUGCCAGCUGCAUGCAGCCAGGGGCCCCUCACCCCCUCUCACACCCAGCAGCAGCAGCAACAGCAGCAGCAGCAAGGGCAGCAGCAACAGCAGCAAGAGCAGCAGCAAGAGCAGCAGCAAGAACAUCACCAAGACCAGCAACAGCAGCAGCAGCAGCAGCAACAGCAGCAAGAAGAUAAGCUGCUGCAGCUGUUGAAGGGUGUGCAGCAGCAAGCUAUAGAUGAUGCUGUUGCUGCGCUGCAGCUUUUGUAUGAUGCUGCUACCAACACAAAUAAAGAUAUAAAUACACACAAAAAUAUUCACUCUGCUGCUCCUGCUGCUCCACCUGCUGCUGCUGCUGCUGAUGAUGAUCCUGCUGCUGCAGUUGCUGCUGCAGUUGCUGCUGCAGACUCCCCAGCUACCACUGAGGGACCUGCAGCAGCAGCAGCAGCAGCAGCAGCAGCAGCAGCAGCAGCAGGGGGAUUGCGGAGCAGCAGACGGAUGGGAGAGGAGUGCCGAGGGCUGGUGGUUUCGGAGCCACCAGCAGCAGCAGCAGCAGCAGCAACAGCAGCAGCAGCAGCAGCAGCAGCAGCAGCAUCUGUGACAACAACCCCCGUACCUUCUCUUCUAUGCAGCCCCACAGUGCGUUCCCUAGAGACAGCAUCAGAGACAGAGAGAAUGCUGCCUGCUGCUGCUGCUGCUGCUGCUGCUGCUGCUUCUCCUUCUUCUUUAUUGAUUACAAGGGGACUGCAGCGCAGCAGCGGGGACUUUCUAUGUGGCUCUCCUCUCCCCCCCAGUGCUCCCUUUGCUGCUGCCUCUGCUGCUGCUGCUGCUGCUGCUGCUGCUGCUGGAUCGAGCGCAGACAAGCAGCAGCAGCUCGCAGCACCCCUCAGCAGCCUCUCUUCUUUUGCUGCAGCAGCAGAAAAAAAAGGAAACGAAGACACAGCAUCUGAGCUGCUGCGGGUGUUGGGGGCCCAGGCGAUAGCAGACGUUUGCUCUUCUCCGUUGCUGCAGCAGCAGCAGCAACAGCAGCAACAGCAGCAGCAGCAGCAGCAGCAACAGCAGCACAUGCUGCAGCAACAGCUGCAGCAACAGCUGCAGCAACAGCAACAGCAAAUACAGCAGCAACUGCAGCAGCAAUUGCAGCAGCAACUGCAGCAGCAACUCCAAGACAACAGCAGCAUAGCGAGACGCUGUGCUUCCUUCCCUCUUGCUGCUCUUAUGGAUUUUCCUGCUGCUGCUGCUGCCAAGGCUGAAACAGCAGCAGCAGCAGCAACAGCAGCAACAGCAACAACAGCUGCUGCUGCAGCACCGCUGCUGCAACGAAGCUGCAGCAGCAGCUUGUGGGGCUCGGAGUCCGCCUCCCAGGAGUUGUCUGCUGCAGCACUGGAUUUGGCUGCUGCUGCUGCCCCUGCUGCUGCUGCUGCUGCUGGUGGUGCACCAGCAGCAGCAGCAGGAACAGCAGCAGCAGCAGCAGCAGCAGGGGGACCCUCCGUGUGCAGCAGCCCCCUCGGGGGGCUGCUGUCUCCUGCUGCUGCUCCUGCUGUCUCCUUUGCUGCUGCCAGCAGCAGCAGCAGCAGCAGCAGCAGCAGCAGCAGCAGCAGCAGCAGGGUAACAAGACAGGAGGACCUCAAGCAGACCCUGCAACAGCAGCAGCAGCAGCAGCUACUACCUCUACAAGGUAUUGUAGAUACAAAUAUACUGGGGCUCUCGACGCUGCAGCUCAAGCCCCCCCCAUCCCCCCAAAGCUUCAUGGGGGGAGAGGGGGCCCUGCGGGCGCUGACGCUGCUGCAGGAUGUAAAGGGCAGCAGCAGCAGCAGCAGCAGCAGCAGCAGCAGCAGCAGCGGCGGUGGUGGUGGUAUUGCAGCUGCUCAUCCAGGUCUGCCACGCAAGAUUAAAACAAAAAGAAAUGCAGCAGCAGCAGCAGCAGCAGCAGAGUGGAGCUUGUCUGGGGGGGCCCCCGGGGGCCCCCGGGGCCCCACAGGGAGAGGCCGUAACGGGGGUACGAAGGCGAAGGGGGCCCCAGGUACACCUGGGGAUAACCGCAGGAUGACAGCAGCAGCAGCAGCAGCAGCAGCAGCAGGUGCAGCAGCAGCAGCAGCAGGAGCAACAGGGGAGGAGUUGAGGCGUUUGGGUGGCAAGUGUUCUGCUACCAUCAGCAGCAGCAGCAGCAGCAGCAGCAGCACAACCAACAGCAGCAGCACCACGACGACCACAACCACCACCACCACCAACAGCAGCAACAGCAGCAACAACAGCAGCAGCAGCAGCAGCAGCAGCAGCAACAUAGGAGGAAACAUACUAUCUCCGUUAUCUCCUUGUGCAGCAACCUCUCCCUUUCCCUCUCCCCCUCCCCCUCCCCCCUCUCCCUCUCCCUCUCUGCACCCCCCAUCCCCGGCCGCCCCCCCUCACCCGCACCACCCCCACCACCCCCCCCACCACCAGCACCCCCAGCAGCAGCUGCGGCGCAGCAGGGAUCAGGAGUCCGUCAGGGGGGACGUUGGGGGGCACCACCCCCACCACCCCCCCCACCACCAGCACCCCCAGCAGCAGCUGCGGCGAUGCUCCGCUCAAGAAGCAGGCGAAGCAACAGCAGCAGCAACAGCAGCAGCAGCAGCAGGAGGAGAUGCAGCAGCAGCAGCAGCAGCAGCAGGAGGAGCAACAGCAGCAGCAGAAAGAGGAAACGCAUCAUCUCUUGCUGCAGCAGAUGCUCCGCUAGUUAACUCUAUCAAAGCUGCUGUUGCUGCUGCUGCUGCUAGCUACCAAGAGACAGACGAAAACUGCUGCUUGCCGCUGCAGCAGCAGCUCGAUGCAUCCCUGCAUGAUAUGGGGGCCCCCCUGAGCCAGGAGAGCGAGAGGGGGGCCCCCUCUUUCUCUAUACCCACCACCAGCAGCAGCAGCAGCAGCAGCAGCAGCGGCAGCAGCAGCAGCAGCAGUUGCUGCAGCAGCAGCAGCAAAGACAGCAGAGUGUAUCUGGUGGUGGGGGUACGGCAUCAGCAGCAAGUAUGCAGACAGCAGAGUGUAUCUGGUGGUGGGGGUACGGCAUCAGCAGCAAGUGCAGCAGCAGCAGCAGGGGAGACAGCAUCUCCAUGGGGCUGCAGCAGCAAGCAGAACCAGCUAAAACUGCUGCAGCAGCAGCAGCUGCUGCUGCUGCUGCUGCACCGAAAUGUGAAAAUGCAGCAGCAACAGCACCUGCAGCAACAACAGGAGGAAAUUCUGCUUUCUCUGCCUCACCUGAACCUCAUUAUAAACGACUAA